CAUGUGUUCUUUUUGACAAGACAGCUAAGCUGAAGCGAGGUUGUCUGUGUUUGAUAAUUUAACUUUUUAAUAUUUUGGUCAUCCUAAUCGAAACUAGUUUUCAAAAUGGUCCAGAAAAAGCCCAAGAAGAAGGUCGGAAAGAAAGUUGCAGCUGCUCCAUUGGCAGUCAAGAAAGUAGAGUCCAAGAAGGAGGUUAACCCUCUUUUCGAAAAGAGGGUAAGGAACUUUGGAAUCGGUCAGGAUAUUCAACCUCCACGUGAUUUAUCGAGGUUCGUCAAAUGGCCCAAAUACAUUCGAAUUCAAAGGCAGAAGGCCGUUUUGCAGAAGAGAUUAAAGGUUCCUCCGCCAAUCAAUCAGUUUACUCAAACCGUUGACAAACAAACAGCCACCCAGUUGUUCAAACUCCUAGAGAAAUACAGACCAGAGACAGCUCUCCAAAAAAGGAAUAGGCUGAAGGCUAAAGCCGAAGCUAAAGUGGCCAAGAAAGAGGAAGCCCCUACCAAGAGGCCAAACACCCUCAGGGCUGGAACUAACACUGUUACUAAACUCAUUGAACAGAAGAAAGCUCAGCUGGUAGUGAUUGCCCACGACGUGGACCCUAUUGAGUUGGUGUUAUUCUUACCCGCCCUCUGCAGGAAAAUGGGUGUACCAUAUUGCAUAGUGAAAGGAAAAGCUAGACUGGGACUUUUGGUGAGGCGCAAAACUUGCACUGCAGUAGCUCUUACCCAGGUUGAUUCUGGUGACAGGUCCAACUUCAACAAGGUUGUGGAAGUCAUCAAAACCAACUUCAAUGAUCGCUCAGACGAAAUCAGGAGACACUGGGGUGGUGGUUUGUUGGGUUCCAAAUCCGCAGCUCGUAUCGCCAAGAUCGAAAGGGCCAGGGCUAAGGAACUCGCCCAGAAACAGGGUUGAGAUUGGUAACUAGUUGUAUUCUUGUUUCAAUCCAACUUUGUAAUAAAUACAUUAUAAGUUUUCUUUUA